UCGCAAGCAUCUCGUAUUAAUGAUGAAAAGAAGCGUGCCGAACAUGCAGAACGAGUUGAGCAACUACAAGCUGCCAUUCAGAAAUGGAGUGUAGACAAGGUGGGGAAAAUCGAAAACAAAAAAAACUUGAAAAAGUAUAGAAAUGGGACAAUCGUUGAUUUUUUUCAGCAAACUGCAAAUCUAUCAGCAUACGGUGAACUACUGUUAGAGGCACAGUUUCGACAAGCCGGCUCAAAGACUAUCAGGCUUUUAUUUUUAUUCGAAGAAAUGCUGCUGAUUGUAAAGCAAAGAAAUUCGAGUUAUGUCUGUAAAGAUUACAUCAUGUCUUCUAACUUGAUGCUGAACGAAUCAAUCUGUCCGGAGGAGCCUUUGGCUUUUCAAGUGCUUUCAUUUGACAAUCCUCGGACUCAUUACAUCUUCUUAGCGUCGUCAGCUGAUCAGAAAAGAACGUGGAUGACCGAAUUGAAGCGAAUGAUGUUGGAUCACUAUGGUAUCGAGAUUCCUGAAAAGACAAAACAGUUAAUGCUCAGCAUGGACAACACGCAAAGAGUCGCGUUUGGUAGACCCGAGUUUGCUGAAGUGUCAAUGAAGAACCACAGGCGAAUACCCAAAUAUCUGGAGAAGAGACGUAAAAGCGUGGAUAAAGGGUCGAUUGAUCAAAGCAGAAGACGAAGCCUGUCUGCCUCACGGCUUUUAGGAGCUAGCAAGACGUCCUUGGUCUCGGACUCGUCACGCUACAAACUUUUUGGAGUGCCCGAUCCUCAACCGAGAUGUACUUGCCACAUGUCCUCAACACCAGGACCAAGUGGAGAGGCUACUCCAAAUCGCGUCUCGGCUGUCUCCAAAGCCCCUGUGUCACGGACGUUAUCAGCCUCAACAAUCUUUUUCAAUGGGUCACUAGAAACUGCGCAGACUGCACCAGCUCCUGAAGCGGUGUUGUCAUCAAGAAGUCGCUAUCAAAUGGCCAGAAAUAAGAGGGCUCUUCCACCAAAAUGUGAGAAUACCCGAUCGCCAUCUAAUCGCCGCAUCGAAUGCGAAGAGAUUGAUGAAACAUUCAAUGAACUUUUCAAAGAGCUAGUUUCGUGCGGUGAUAGCAGCCCUAAAGCUCAGGCCAGACAAGCUAUCGCAGUUCCACCAAACAAUUGUGAACAAGAUGCUUUGCAAGAAGUAUUAGCUUGGAGAGAACAGUCCGUAUACAAGAAUCGUUCAAAAUCGCUGACAAGACUUGAUGAAUUCGGUGAUCCUUCGAUUGAUGAACUGCUCAACGACAUCACUACGGAAACUUAUCCACCGUCAGAACUCUAUCAGUAUGUAUCACCGCACAUAUAA